GCUUCAUUUCCCACCAACUAAAAUCACACACCGCAGAAGCAGAGCGUUAAGCUCAUCAGAAAAACUUCUGAAUUUCACUCAUCAAUAACAAAUUCAAAUUCCCAAAACCCCCAUUUAAAUGGCUUUUUCUAUAUGUUCUUCCACACCCAUUUGCUCCUUUAAUCACUCCAGCAAUCCCAAACCCGGGGUUCUUGUUGGAAAUUCAGUGCCUCAGAAGGCUUUUAGGAUGAAUGAGGCGGUUCAAAGAACAAACCCCAUUAGGCAUUUGUCUUUUGAAGCCAAGGCUUCAGAUGGUGCGGAUAGUAAACAAACGACAAAAUACAAAAGCAUAGUUUGCACUGAUUGCGAUGGAAAUGGUGCUGUCCUAUGUUCUCAGUGCAAAGGAACAGGAGUUAAUUCAGUGGAUCACUUCAAUGGACAGUUUAAAGCUGGUGGCUUAUGCUGGUUGUGCAGAGGCAAAAGGGAUGUCCUUUGUGGGGGCUGUAAUGGAGCUGGUUUUGUGGGUGGAUUUAUGAGUACAGCUGACAGUUAGUAGUUUGUAUUGCGAAGUAUGAGUUUUCUUUCACCAAGUCAAUUUAUGGGUUGUGUGAGAUGGAAAGACAUACUAGUUUCAGUAAUUUUGUAUAAUGGUUCAUAUAAUUCCCAAGCUUGUAAUUGAAAUUAUGAAUGUUUUUUCUGCUAUUCACCAUUUGUUUUGUUGCA